CAACAACUUGUUAUGAAUCUUUAUUUUUUCAAUCGUCAUUAAACGACAGAUAAUGAAUAGAACAUCAGUUAAUUUUCAUCCUCAAAAUAUUUCAACUUUCAACAAUCUUGAAAAAAACAAUAAUAAUAUUCAUGAUGAGGAUAAAUUUCAUUGGAAAUUUUGGAAAAAGCGUCGUUAUGUUGUUGGAUUAUUGGCAUUUUUUGGUUUUUUUGUUUCAUAUAUUUUACGAGCAGGUUUGAGUAUAGCAAUUGUUGUUAUGACUACAAGCUCUAAUAAGGGUGAUGCUGAGUUUGAUUGGGAUUUAAAGCUUCAAGGUUUAAUUCUAAGUGCAUUUUUUUAUGGAUAUGUAUCAAGUCAAAUAUUUGGUGGUAUAUUAAGUUCAAAAAUUGGUGGUAAAAAAGUGCUUGGAUUUGGAAUUGGUAUUACUGCACUACUAACAAUAAUAACUCCUCCUUUAACACGUACAAGUGUUUAUCUUUUGAUUAUUGUACGAGUAUUUGUUGGAAUUUGUGAAGGUGUAACAUUUCCAAGCAUGCAUACAAUGUGGACAUAUUGGGCUCCACCAGUUGAAAGAACGAGGCUUGCAACUUUGUCCUUGGCUGGUAGUAUUUUUGGGUCAGUUUUUGCAAUGCCAAUGUCAGGUGUCAUAGCUCAACGAUUUAAUUGGGACUCGAUAUUUUAUAUUUAUGGAUCACUUGGUGUAUUAUGGUUUUUUUUGUGGAUUUUUUUUGUCUUUGAUAAACCAGAUGAUGAUCCAUAUAUUUCAAUAACCGAACGUGAUUACAUCAAUAAUUCUCUUGCAAAUGAUAAAACUGAAAAAAAUUCAUCAUAUCCAUGGAAAUCUAUCCUGACAUCAAUACCAUUUUGGGCCAUUGUUGUAAGUCACUUUUGUGAAAGUUGGGGAAGCCAAACUAUGGUCACUCAGUUGCCAAUAUUUAUGCAUGAUAUCUUAAAAUUCGAAACUGAACAAAUGGGAUUUGUUUCGGCAUUGCCAUUUUUUGGAAUGGGAGUUGUUGUUUUAUUUUCUGGACAUAUUGCUGAUUAUUUACAAUCUCAUAAUUAUCUCAAUACAACGCAGGUACGUAAAGUAUUUACUUGUGGUGCAUUUUUGGGUCAAACAAUUUUCAUAGUCUUGGCAGGAUUUAUGACCUCAACUAUUUUUGUUGUUACUUGUAUUACAAUUGCUUCCACUGUUGGUGGUUUUGCUUGGGCUGGUUUUAUGGUAAACAUGCUGGACAUUGCACCUCAACAUGCUAGUAUUUUGUUAGGUAUAAGUACAACUAUUUCAAUGGUACCUGGUAUAAUUAGUCCAGUUCUCACUGGUUAUAUUGUCACAAAUAAAACUGCUGAAGAGUGGAGAAUUGUUUUUAUUAUUAUUGCUGUAUUUUAUAUCAUUGGAGCUUUUAUUUUUGCAAUUUUUGCAUCAGGAAAAAAACAAAAAUGGGCUGAUAAUUCAAAUAAACAAAAUGCAGUUAGUUAUUAUAAUUCAGCAAUGGUUUGUGAAUAAAUUUUAAUUAUAUUUAAAUAAUAAUCUAGUCAAAUAUUACUUGUUGGAUUUUAAUUUAUUUUUUUAACUA